GGCGGUUGCCAACUCUGAUUCUCGGGAUGGGCUCUGCCCCGCCAGCCGGGACUGGGUAGUAGUGAGUGCCCAUCGGGGGGCAGUGUUGCCCACCCUGCCUGGCGACACGCACUGCUGCGUCGCCAAGCUACUGGUACCAGAGUGUCGGGACCAGCUAAUCCUCUUUCAUCGGGAGCAGAAGGAGGAAAAAAGCGCGCUGGUUGACCCGGCUGCUGUUGAUCAGGAUGCUGCUAGCCAUGCAGGCGCUGUUGUUGCCCGUUAUUCUCCAGGAGGAGGAGGAGGAGGAGGAGCAGCAGCAGCAGCAGCAGCAGCACAGUAGUAGCAGCACCAACACCAGACAGAACCAGGAAGCAGCACCAGUAUGCGUUUCCGUUCCUGAGGCACGGCGCUUUCCCUCCCCUCCCCUCCAUUCCUCUCCUCUUUCUCUCCCCGAUGGGCUGGAUUAUUUCCUUUUUUCCCCUGUCGCUCCAAUGAAACCAUCCCCAUCCCCAUACCCCUGCUCCCCGCCGUGCCAUCCAUCCCAUCCAGCCUGUUUAUCCAUUCCUAUUGAGGGUUGAUGCAAUGUCUGGCACGGUCAUGUCCGCUAGCCCUUCCAGCACGGCGUCAUCCGGUGUGAAUGAAUCAAC